UCUUUAAAAUAUCCAAUCUUACAGUGACUCUGUGUAUUCGGAAAAUGGGCUUCCUUGUCGGACUUGUCUUCGGUCUUCUCGUCGGCGUUGCCAUUAUCGUACUCUUUGUUCGUUCCGAGAACUCUCGAUCCAAGCUUCGAACUAAGCUCGCGACGACGGUGGCUGCUUUUGCAAGAAUGACAGUCGAUGAUUCUAGAAAGAUCUUGCCGGCGGAAUUCUACCCUUCUUGGGUGGUCUUCUCGCAGAGCCAGAAGUUGACUUGGCUUAAUCAGCACCUUACGAAGAUCUGGCCUUAUGUUAAUGAGGCAGCAUCUGAUCUGAUAAAGGCGUCGGUCGAACCGGUGCUGGAACAAUACAGGCCGGUUUUAUUGUCUUCUUUGAAAUUCUCCAAGUUUACUCUCGGCACUGUUGCACCACAGUUUACUGGAGUAAGAAUUGUUGAAGAUGGAGCUGAUAGUAUUACAAUGGAGUUGGAAAUGCAGUGGGAUGCAAAUUCAAAUAUAUUACUUGCUAUCAAGACCUAUCUUGGUGUAUCACUACCUGUACAGGUGAAAGAUAUUGGAUUCACUGGAGUUUUCAGGUUGAUAUUUAAACCCCUGGUGAAUGAGUUUCCUUGCUUUGGAGCUGUUUGUUAUUCUCUGAGAAAAAAGAAAAAGUUGGAUUUCACCCUGAAAGUCAUUGGCGGUGACAUGUCAACUGUUCCUGGACUUGCUGAUGCUAUUGAGAGCACAAUCCAUGAUGCUAUUGAAGAUUCUAUCAUGUGGCCUGUGAGAAAAAUUAUUCCCAUUUUGCCUGGAGACUACAGUGAUUUGGAGUUAAAGCCUGUUGGAAUGCUAGAGGUGAAGCUUAUCCAGGCCCGUGAGUUAACAAACAAAGAUAUUAUUGGAAAAUCGGAUCCCUAUGCCGUUUUAUAUGUACGCCCUUUACCUGCAAGAACAAAAAAAAGUAAAACAAUUAACAAUCAGUUGAAUCCUAUAUGGAAUGAACACUUUGAAUUUGUCAUUGAGGAUGCAACAACUCAGCACUUGGUGGUAAGAGUUUAUGAUGAUGAAGGGGUUCAGGCAUCCGAGCUUAUUGGAUGUGCUCAAGUACUUCUAAGUGAACUUGAACCUGGUAAAGUGAAGGAUGUCUGGUUGAAUCUGGUUAAAGACUUGGAGAUCCAGAGAGACUCUAAGUACAGGGGGCAGGUGCACUUGGAGCUCUUGUACUGUCCCUUUGGCAUGGAGAACAGUUUUAAAAACCCCUUUUCCUCUGACAUUUCAAUGACCUCUUUGGAGAGGGUUCUUAAAAAUGGAGGAGCAAAUGGAACAUAUGAUAUCGAAAAUGAGAAAGCAGAUACACAUAAGAAAAGAGAGGCUAUUAUUAGAGGAGUACUGUCUGUGACUGUGAUAUCUGCGGAAGAUUUGCCUAUUGUAGAUUUAAUGGGAAAGGCUGAUCCCUAUGCUGUACUCACAAUGAAGAAAUCAGAGGCAAGAAACAGAACUAGGGUUGUGAAUGACAGCUUGAAUCCUGUUUGGAAUCAAACUUUUGAUUUCGUUGUCGAGGAUGGAUUACACGAUAUGCUAAUCCUUGAAGUCUGGGACCAUGACACUUUUGGGAAGGAUUACAUGGGGAGGUGCAUUUUGACUUUGACAAGGGUUAUAUUAGAAGGAGAAUACACAGAUUGCCUGCCGCUAGAGGGAGCUAAAUCUGGAAAAUUGAAUCUCAACCUUAAGUGGAUGCCACAGCCAAUUUUCCGUGAUUCCUAAGCGAUACAAAGACUGGUAGGUUCUGAGUUUAGAGAACUCUGCAGGUUCGAGUUUGACUCAAGUCGCAUGCCGAAAGCCACUUUAUUCCAACCCCUCACAUUUCAGUAAACCAUAGCUCUCAGAGGGUGCUCAAACUACUGUGCCGAUACCCUGUAAGGGCUAAUAGUUGAAACUUUGCAUGUAUAAUUUUUCACUUAGCUGCUCUAGACUGUAAAGUUCGAGUUUUGGAUACCAAUUAGAAUACAUGAGAAAUUGGGAUUUGACCCCAAGGCCUUGGCAUGCGGUAUUUCUUAUCAAAUUCAAGGUUUUCUUUUGA